ACACAUUGGCUGACUGACUCUAUGCGCAUGCUCAUCAAAUAGACCUCGUGCUAUAUUUUCCUCCAUUUCUUUCUUCUUGAGUAGCUUAUCUUUAAACCCACCGAGGCAAUCCUUGAUCCCACUAUAGGAAAAUGGGCAGGGAAGACAAAGCUACAUGGAAAGCCAACUAUGCUCUACGUCUAAUGGAGCUCUUUAGCGAGUACUCAAAGGUUUUCAUUGUAGGUGCAGAUAAUGUCGGGUCUAAGCAGAUGCAGCAGAUUAGGAUAUCUUUGCGAGGGAAAGGAAUAUUGUUAAUGGGGAAAAACACUACCAUAAGGAAGAUCAUUCGUAGUGCACUUGAUACAAACCCUCAGCUUGAGAAGCUCCUUCCUCACGUAAAGGGUAACAUUGGGUUUGUAUUCACCCAUGAAGACUUGAAAGACGUUCGUGACCUUAUCACGGACAACAAGGUUAGUGCUCCAGCCAAAGCAGGUGCUCUUGCUCCUAUUGACGUUAAAAUCCCUCCACAAAACACUGGGCUUGGUCCAGAGAAGACAUCCUUCUUUCAAGCCCUGCGUAUACAGACCAAGAUUGCACGUGGUACCAUUGAAAUACUGGGUGAGGUCCACAUUAUCAAGAAAGAUGAGAAAGUGGGAGCUUCUGAGGCUACUCUGCUUCAGAUGUUGAAGAUUAUGCCUUUCUCUUACGGUCUUGUUAUAUUUCAAGUGUACGAUUCCGGCUCUGUUUUUUCUCCCGAUGUACUUGAUAUCAGUGAUGACGACUUGUUGAAGAAAUUUAUGCUAGGUGUGACCAAUGUUGCUUCUGUGUCUCUUGCAAUCGGCUAUCCAACGACAGCCUCUGUUCCACACUCUAUUGUUAACGGGUUCAAGAACCUCCUGGCCAUUGCUGUUGCUACUGAUAUCAAUUUCAAGGAGGCAGAGGAAUUGAAGACAUUGUUAUCUGAUCCUGAAGCACUAGCUGCAGCAAUGGCUGCCAGUGCAGCUGCUGCUCCUAAAGGAGGUGGAGAAGAGAAGGAAGAAGAAAAGAAAGAGGAAGCAAAGAAAGAUGAAAGUGAUGAAGACAGCGACGAUGGAAUGGGAUUUGAUCUGUUUGGAGAUGACUAAAAUGGAAACUGUCUUCAACUGUAUUUUGUUCAUUUAUUAUAAUUAUUAUAAAUCUUGGAUUUGAUAUCUCAAUAAAACAGUCACAUGACAUAAUAA